AUGGUUGCUGCCAUGCUGGCAAUUAUCGCUCUGGCGCUGCCAACCGUCCAUGGGGAGUGUCGACGGCAAGAUGUUCGAGAGUGCGAAGCGAUUUGUGUUUCCAUCGGUUCGGAAGGCCAAGUGAAGAACGACAGCUACACCGGUGUCGGUGCCCAGCUGGAUACAAAUCAGUGGAAGUGUGAAUUGAGAAUUAUUGUGAUUUUACCAGCCAAUACAAGUAUCGAAGCGUCAUCGCCACGGGUCCAUCCGGUGCUGCUGAAGGCGGAGGAUUACAUUAGAGCGCAGCAAAUUAUUCCUGGAUCGGUGGCAAUACGGUGGAUAUUUUACGAUGAUAAAUGCGACCAGGCCAGGGCAACUGUCUCAGCGAUGGAUGGCACGGGUAGAGAUUGUGGCCAUGUCAUUCUCGGACCGGCAUGUGAUCUAUCCCUUGCACCUGUGGCGCGCAUCGGGCGGUUCAUCUACAAUGAUGGCAUACCUGUGAUAACUGGGGCCGGCUACACGUUCGACUUCGAGCAGAACAAAACACGCUGCGAGGACGAGUUCUAUCUGCUCAUUCGGACCGGCUGGCUAAGCUUCCAACGAAUUGCGUUCUUUAUGAUCGAUCUGCUGCGCCAUUUCAAAUGGAAUCGUGUAGUGUACUUCUACGAACGUCACGGUUAUUUCAAUGUUGCUGGGCCCCAGACGGGCCACCUGAUGCUGAGUACUAUGGCCGAGUAUUUUCGGCGAGAAAACAUUACCUAUCUGCCGUUUUCCACCGAUUCAACGCGAACCAAUUUCACCGAGAGCUUGAAGGAGAAGGUUGGCCUAAGUCAUUCAAAUUUUAUUAUUGACUUCACUCCUCGUUCAUCCGACUUGCAGCACAUUGAAGUGCAUGACGGUUGA